CAUUUUUUCUUGGUAGUUUCAUCUGAUUUUGAUUCCGUUAGAAAAUGCACGCAGUGGAGAAUAGUCAUAUACCAUCCGAGGAGCCAUAUACCGUGACUAUAGAGGAUCCUCAAGAAGAUAUACCUGUAGCCAAUGCAAAUUCCGAAACCUUUGGAGCUUUGUUUGCUUGGCACAAUAUCACUGUAAAAGUUACAGUGGGUUCCAGUUCCUGGAAGAGUAAAUUGGGUUUCUCAAAGUCUCCAAAAGUGACUGAAUUAGGAGAAAAACUUAUCUUAAACUCCGUGAGUGGCAUAGUGGAACCAGGACAAGUAUUAUUUAUUAUGGGUCCGUCUGGAAGUGGAAAGUCGACUCUGUUAGAUUCUCUUGCUGACAGAGUUAAACUUCCAGUAUACGGAGCCGUGACACUUGAUGGCCAUCCUAAAGACGCCUUUGCUUUCAAACAAAGUGCUAAAUAUGUGGAGCAAUUCGAUCAUCUAUUCUCUUCGCUAACAGUCAAGGAAACACUCAGUUAUGCAGCUCAAUUUUAUUGCAACUCUGAAGAAUGUCGUUCAACUAGAGUAGAAGAUGCAAUGGAGAUAUUAGGUCUGAAAAAUCAACGUGAUGUAAAAGUUGGCGGCGUUUUCUUUCGUGGACUAUCUGGUGGACAAAAAAGAAGAUUAUCGGUUGGUGUUGAGUUGGUUUCUGCACCUCGCUUACUGUUUUUGGAUGAACCUACCAGUGGAUUAGACUCGGCUUCUGCCUUUAAUCUGAUUCAAUCUUUGCGAAACAUUGCUCGUAGUCGUGGAACAACAAUUGUUUGUACUAUUCAUCAACCAAGUGAAACCGUUUUCGAAAUGUGUGAUCAAUUAUUGUUACUUUCAGGUGGCCGUGCUGCUUAUUUUGGUCCUCCUAAAGAAACUUUGGAUCACUUUGGACAGCUCGGAUUUUCUAUUCCUGAACAUACCUCUGUUGCUGAAUGGGUGAUUGAUCUGAUCAACGCAGACUUUGGAGAUGUCGAAACAGUCAGUCAAAUUUUAGAUGCUUGGCCAACCAGUGAAAAGGCAGAUUUCCUUUAUCGAAGGUUGAAGCAGUUGAAUAUUACGGACAAUGAAGAAUUUGUGGUAAAGAAACAGACACCUUUGUCUUCUAUUGGACGUAAGGACGUUCAGUUUGCUACUUCUAUGCCUUGGCAAACAAGUGUACUUGUUCGUCGUGGUUUUCUCAACGUUCUUCGAAACCCUGCUGUUGUUUGGUUGAGGUUUGCAAUGUAUGUCAUGUUAGCUAUUUUGAUUGGGAUUGUAUGGCUUCGGUUAUCACAAUCAGCUUCGAAUAUGCAAAACUUUGCGAGUGCUUUAUUCUACGUUGCAGCAUUUAUGGUCUUUAUGAGUAUAAGUGUUCUUCCAGCCUAUUUAGAAGAGAAAGAAAUAUUUGUUCGUGAAAGAGCCAAUGGAACUUAUCAUGUGCUUUCUUAUCAAAUUGCUCAUUUUCUUGUGGAUGUUCCGUUUGUUUUCUUAUUGGCUUUGGUAUCUGGAACUAUAUGUUAUUGGCUAGUUGGCAUGAAUUCGUCAUUUGGUCGUUAUUGCUUUUUUAUUUGGACUUUGUUUUUAUCUCUUUUGGUAGCCGAGAGUAUGAUGAUGGUUAUAGCUGCCGUAGUUCCCUAUUUUAUUGUGGGUAUUGCCAUGGGAGCGUUUGUAUUUGGUGCUUUUAUGUGCGUACAAGGAUUCUUUAUUCCAUUGAAUAACAUUGGUUGGUGGUUCAGAUGGUUCCGUUAUAUUGCAUUGAAUUAUUAUAGUUUUGCCAACUUUAUGAAAAAUGAAUUUAGCGACCUAACAUUUUCACCAUCUCCCAACUAUAUUCCUCCUUAUCCCAACCCUGUGCCUGGAGUUAAUUAUUUGGAACAGUUUGGUUUUGCCUCUGUCAACGAAUGGGGUUAUUCCGGAGUUUUGAUUGGAAUGGCUAUUAUCUAUCGUAUUAUUGCUGGUUUUUGGAUGUGGUGGUUUCAUACAGGGAAGCAUUGAGUUGUGUAAAGACACAAAGAUUGUGUGAAUAAAACAAAUAAUUUUCAAAUGUUUCAGAAUAAAUCAAAGGUUUCUGUU